CCCAGAAUCCCUUUCUGUCUCAAAUCUUCCGGGGGACGUCCGGGGAGCGAGGUUCAGUCGGAAAGUUGCGAACAAGAAAGUUUCUCCCACCUGAAGGAAAGAUUUGGUCUGGGGUUUCUGUCGGACUCUAUGUUUCGAGGCAAAUCUGCGCCAUCAGUCACUGCGCCGCCGUCAGCGUUCCUUAAGCCAUGGAGGACCCAAACAUACCGCAGAGAAAAAUGUCCAGGGCCGGAGAAAGCUUGUACGCGGUCCUGGGCUUGGAGAAAGGAGCCUCCCCCGACGAGAUAAAACGGGCCUACAGGAAACUGGCAUUAAGGCAUCACCCUGAUAAGAACCCAGAUAACCCAGAAGCUGCUGAGAAGUUCAAGGAGAUCAACAACGCCAACGCCAUCCUCAGCGACGAGAACAAGCGUAAGGUCUACGACGAGUACGGCUCCAUGGGUCUGUCCCUGGCCGAGCAGUUCGGGGAGGACGGCGUCAAAUACUACUUCCUCAUGUCAAAGUGCUGGUUCAAGGCCCUGUUUUGCUGCUGCACCAUCUUCACCUGCUGCUGCUGUUUCUGCUGCUGCUGUUUCUGCUGUGGGAAGUGCAAAGCUCCCGAGGACCAACCCGACGGUUUCUACAUGAACCCGGAGGAUUUGGAGGCGGAGCUAAGAGAGCAGGAAGCAGCACACGAUCGUGUAAUAGUUAUUCCGCCCAGCUCCACUCAGACCUCAGGUGAGAACGCUCCCAUCGUGCUCCAGCCUCAGGGCGCCAACGGCACCUCGAGCCCCGGAGAGACGCGCGCGGCUCUGUCGCACGACGAGUGAACGGACGGAGCCACGGAGGAGUGAGUCUGUGAGAAAGCAGCGCUUUGAAUAUUUGGACUCGGCGUGAAAGUGAGGUCCCAACCAGCAGCAUUCCUCAUGAAGUCAUCAGCUGGUGUCAUCGGUGUUGGUUUCCCUCACAAACUGAAGCACAGGAAACAUUUUCCAACCAGAGGCCUUUUUGUUUACAUGAAUCAAGCUUCAAAUUGGUAUUGCCAUAAGUUUUUUUUUUUUUUUAAUGGUAGUUUCCCUUAAUAAACACGUGUAAAUAUAAACAUAUAUAUAUAUAUUUUGGAACGAUGAUGAAUUUUGUGACGCAUCUGUACUUUUUGCAGCAGCAAUGACAAAGCCAAUGCAGAUCAAAGCCACUGAUCUCUUGGAAAACCAUUUUUUUUUUUUUUUUUUUUUCUUUUUCUCGUGCACUUUAAACCCACAGGUUAGUGUUAAAAGUUGCCAUAAUGGUCUGAGAACGUCUCUGCUCAGGAUUCCUACAUGUUGAAUGUUGUCUUCGUUAAUAUUUAAGAGGCUAAUCCAGGUUUUCCAGACCGUUUGAGGCCAGCCUCGCGUCUUCCUGUACGUAGCAACAGACUGUGGAGUAAGAAUAAACCACUUUAAUGCUCCGGGUGGACACAUCGGGUGUCAGGUGAUGCUGGUGUAUCUGUAUUUUAGACGAACGUCUCUGGAUCAUCUUCAUGCUAGAGUUGGAUUACCUUGACUUUCUCCUCUGCAUGCAUUCGGUUAAGAGAUGUUCGCCGCCCUGAUGAUUCCAUGUCAUUGAGCAACGCUUUACUCAUAAAGCCAAAACUGCUGCAGCUAAUUGUUAUAUUUAGCCGGCUAUAAAAGGCGUUUCCCUAUUAGGCACGGGGACGGCAUGUCGACCUUUGAGCAAAAACGUAGAAUAAACUCGUUAAAUUCAGCGGCCGGCUCCAAGGAAGCACGCUUACCGUGCAGAAAAUCAUCCCUUUUGUUCAUUGGGCUCUUUUCAGCGAAACACAAGAUGUUAGUGGCCCAGUUAGCCACACUGUCUGCUCGAGCUGCCAACGUGCGAUCACACCUGCAGCUCAUAGCUUCCUUUUCUCUCUCCACGCCAUGUCUUGUUUUUCAGGACCAGAAACAUUUUCUAAACCGCCAGAUUGGUCUUUUUUUUUUAUUAUGUAAGCAGAUAAAAGUGCAGGAGCUUUCUUUCAGCCUCCUGACCGGCAGUGAGCGGCACCAGGUGGCUACGUGUCGCUUUUCUGCUUCACACAACAUUAAGAGUGCUGUCACUUCCUCUGGACAUUUUGAAACAAACCUUUUGAUUAGCUGGAUAGCAGGAACCGCUCUGCGCCUUGUCAGUAUUUAGCAGCAGCACAGUAGUUUGUGUGCAGAGCUGUGGGUUUGAACGUGGGACGCAGCAUUUGGCUUGUUGUUGGGGCCUCAGGGAGACACUUCCAGAAUCCGCCCACAGGGGGAGUCAGAGGCCCGCUUUCCUUUUUAGUAUUUAUGAUUGUAUGUUGGGGAAAUGGCUGCUUCUGCUUCCCUUGUUGUACAAAAGUAAUCUGCAAAGUUUCUAAUUGGACACUUGAAUAAGAUGCAAAGAACCAUGUGACCAAAAGCCGGAGCUUCCACAGCAGGGAAGUGUGAGCAAUCCGUGUCCAGACUCAAUCAGGUAGAUAUUUUAUUGCCUUUCUCACAAAAACUGAAUCUUGCCUGCAAUAAGAUCGCUGAGCACUGUUUGAUGUUUUAAGAUGUAUUUUUUUGGUUGACCCAUAAAUCGUCUCUAUCUUGAACCUGGUGAUGGGAUCAAUCAGACAUUUUUAUAUUCUUUGUGGUGAAUGGUAAGUUAUUUUUUGUGAAUUCAGGGCUGUGUUUUUGAUCAGAGGUUUUAUGACUGUAAGAAAGAUGAUGUUAAAUUAUAUUUCUGACUGGGCUUAUAUUGUGUUUUUAUAUUUAUGAUCGUUUCUGCCUCGUUUAGACAUAUUUGGAUUUACCUGUGGUCUGUACUGUUUUUCAUCUACUGUCUGAAUGAAAUUCUAGUUUUGUAUAAAUUUUUUUUUUUCUUCCCUCAACCUUUGCAAAUAUUGGCUAUUUUCAUUUUUUUUUUAAGUGUUUCUGUCAAAUUAAAGCAACAUAAAUGUCUGAUGAAAUAAAUUUUGGGCUAUCCUGGAAA